AUGAACCGGAGGAAAGCUGCGGCGAAAGGCGACCUGGCGAAGCUGAUAUGGUGCUUCAUCGGCGUGGUGGGCACGCUCAUCAUCUACGGCAUUGGCCAGGAGCGGAUAAUGAAGUUUCCGUACGGUGACAGGGACGAGGACUCAGAGUACUUCCAGCAUUCACUCUUCAUCGUGCUCUGUAACCGCCUCAUGACGUGCGCUGUCGCAGUCAUCGUGCACCUGGUGACAGGAGCGUCGUUGGCUCUAGUGGCUCCAAUUUACGCCUAUGGUGCUGUGUCCCUCUCCAAUGUCAUCUCGUCCGGGUGCCAAUACGAGGCCCUCAAGUACGUGAGCUUCCCUCUGCAGACCAUCGCCAAGUCAUCCCGCAUGGUGCCUGUGCUGAUCUGGGGCACGAUCAUAUCGCGCAAGCAGUACAAGCCCAGGGAGUACAUCAUCGCCAUCACCAUCAUCCUCGGCUCCUGCCUCUUCUUCCUCAACGUGACUGCGCGCACGAGUGUCAAGAGCACGUUCUCUGGCCUCAUGCUCAUGCUCGGAUACCUAGGCUUUGACGGGUUCACCAACACGUUUCAGGACAAGCUGUUUGAGGGCUAUGACAUGCCGGCCGCCAACCAGGUGCUCUACAUCACACUCUGCUCCUCCGUCAUCAGCCUGCUGGGCCUGCGCCAGGACCUAUCAGCAGCCAUUGCAUUCAUCAUGCGCCAUCCCGACUGUGCCCUCCACAUUGCAGUGCUCUCUGUGGCGGCCACCAUAAGCCAGUUCUUCAUCUCCUACACCAUUAAGACCUUUGGUGCUCUCACCUUCGCCACCAUCAUGACCACCCGCCAGCCACUGCUCUUUGUUCCCACCACCGCACUCCCUACUGCACCACCGCACUCCCUACUGCACCACCGCACUCCCUACUGCACCACCGCACUCCCUACUGCACCACCGCACUCCCUACUGCACCACCGCACUCCCUACUGCACCACCGCACUCCCUACUGCACCACCGCACUCCCUACUGCACCACCGCACUCCCUACUGCACCACCGCACUCCCUACUGCACCACCGCACUCCCUACUGCACCACCGCACUCCCUACUGCACCACCGCACUCCCUACUGCACCACCGCACUCCCUACUGCACCACCGCACUCCCUACUGCACCACCGCACUCCCUACUGCACCACCGCACUCCCUACUGCACCACCGCACUCCCUACUGCACCACCACACUCCCUACUGCACCACCGCACUCCCUACUGCACCACCGCACUCCCUAUUGCACCACCUCUCACCAGAUGGCGGUCUUUCAGUGA